AUGACAUUAUUUUUUCGAGUUUUUGGGUCUAAACCAUAUUUGGAAACAGUGUUGUUCGUGCAGCCACGUCGGUCUCGCGUCUAUCACUACGCUCUCCAACCGAAAUUGCUAGCCCCCGACGAGGUUGUGUCUCCGAACGAGGAAAGGCUUUACAAACCAGUUGCUCCAGCAGAUAAGUGGGAGCAUACAAGCUCCAACUUCGAUCCUUUGGUUGCGCGAUUCACAGGAAUGAUCGUAAAACGGGGUGAACGUGAGGCAGCACGCGAAGCGAUGAGGCAGACUUUCAGAGAGAUCAAGCUAAUCCAGUUGCAGAAGAUGAAUUCUACUCCUCAGGAGGAACAGUCCCGAACGAUCGUAAGCCCAAUUACAAUCAUUCACAAUGCUGUGAAGAACUGUACCCCCAUUUUGGUCAUAAAUCCUGUUGUUCGUGGUGGCAUCCUGUAUAAGGUGCCUGCGCCACCCAGAACGGACUCUGUAGCUACCCACAUUGCAAUCAAGUUUCUCAUUGAUGCGGUCAGAGACAAGCCUGCCGAUCAGCGCUUUUGGAAGGUGUUGGCCCGUGAACUGGUCGCCGCAUCACAGAAACAGGGAAAGGCCUACCGGCAAAAGGAGCAGCUGCACAAACAGUGCGAGGAAAACCGUGCCUAUGCAAAUUAUCGAAAGUAUUAAGUAGUCUGUCCGCUUUUCGUCUUUGAAACAUAUCUCAACUUUAAUGUGUUCCCACUGAUUCAAUUCCAUUCCAACUGUUCGCGUCUACGCCACUUCGUGAGAAAAGUUGGCUGCAGCAAUACUCGAUGCAAUGUAGUAGCCUACCGCCACAUCGUUUUCUACGUGUGGCAAGGGCGUUUUGCAUUUCCCCUCACCUGUCAUGGCCUGCAGCGCUACAUCUCGACCGAAGUCGAAACGAGACGAAGUUCACACGUGGAAGAGGAUACAGCCACCAAGCUUAUACGAAAUGUGGGAAUGAUCGCACAUAUAGAUGCUGGUAAAACAACUACUACAGAGCGAAUGUUGUAUUUUGCACACAGAACUUAUCACAUUGGAGAGGUCGAUCGUGGAAACACUGUGACAGACUAUCUGCCGGAGGAACGCGAACGUGGAAUUAGCAUUGUGAGCGCAGCCGCCUGCCUCUCAUGGAAUCAGCACACUAUCCACUUGGUUGAUACUCCUGGACAUGUGGAUUUCACCAUGGAAGUGGAACGAUGCUUGGCCGUGUUGGAUGGUGCUGUAACUAUUCUUGACGGGACAAAAGGUGUUCAGGCGCAGACCAGAACAGUGUGGCAUCAAGCAGAUCGUUAUAACCUACCACGGUUGGUAUUUGUGAACAAACUGGAUCGAGAGAAUGCUGAUUUCCAACUGUCCCUCAGCAGCUUGUGUUCGCAGUUAGCAAGCACUGUACGCUACGUUCCAAUUCAUUGGCCGGUUUCUGUCCAAUCGCUAGCCAAGCCAGGUGAGAAUCCGUCACCUGAUCGAAAGGAGGCUAAAUCCGCUCGUCGGUCAGCUGGAACUCAUUUCAUGGGCCUAAUUGAUCUAGUCACGAUGAAAUUCUUGGAUUGGUCCCAGUGUACGUCACCCGAUGCUCUACCCCAAACCUCUGACUUGUUACACAAACUUCACCAUUCAGGGCCAGUAAGCACGAGCAAUUUUUCAUCAGAGUUUAUGCAAACCGUGUUGGAUGCUCGCAUUCGGCUGCUGGCGGAACUUGCCGAAGUGGACGAAGAAUUAGCCGACCACUUUUUGGCGGUGGAUCAUCCAGAACACCUCAUGCCCUCGGAGCUUAUUCAGUCUGCUUUGAAACGAGCCACCCAUAGGGGCCAAGUUAUUCCUGUACUUGUUGGUAGUAGCCGGCAGAACAUUGGAAUACAACCACUUCUGGAUGCAAUCGUUGACUACUUGCCGAACCCAACCAAUCACAAAGCACCCGCUCCUGUACAACGACUCAUUCAUCAAGUAUGGUCCAUGUACUCACACUCAAGACCUCCAACAGGAUUUGAUCUUCCGGUGGCGGAUUCUGCCCAACCACCCGUGUUGCUUGUUUUCAAGGUUUGUUUUGAUCCUCACCGUGGACCGCUAAGCCUUGUCCGGAUCUACUCGGGCUCCGUAAAGAAAGGCAGUCUACUUACCAACUGGUCACUGAAUCGGACAGUUCCAAUAACAGAAAAGGUAUUGGGUGUGUUCCAAAUGACUGGCGAUCAGCGUGAGUCGGUCGACUGUGCUACGACGGGUAGUAUUGUUGCUCUAGCGGGUCUCGAAUCUACGCACAGUGGCGAUCUACUUGGUCCCGUACGGAGGACUAGCACAUCGAACAAGGAUUCAUCGAUCGACCAAAACUCUAGCGAAGAAGAGGAUCAUGAUGUCUGGAUCAAUAGUCUGCCGGAGUUGAACAAGUGUGAACCAGUCGUUUAUGCUGCCCUAGAACCCGGAAGCCUAUCAGCUGUGCGUCCCUUGGAAUACGCUCUAGCUUGUAUGCAGCGCGAGGAUCCUAGUUUCACCGCUAGACUCGAUGCCGAGACAGGACAGUGGAUCGUUGGUGGGAUGGGCGAUUUGCAUCUUGAGGUUAUUCUGUCACGCCUACAACGAGAAUACAAAGUGGACGUUCGAAAUGGACCCUUACUGAUUGCUUACAAAGAAUGUCCUCUGGUGCGUUCAAAACAACAACAGCAGCAGACCAUCAGAACUCCAGCCUUCCAAGGGUACGGUCGCGUCACUGGUUCGGUCGAUGGAAGUGAGAAAGUAGCUUUUGCGAUUGUUUCAGUUGAAGCCAGCGAAUAUCCAAAACCUCAGAUUCACUUUGAUCGUUCUUGGCUCGGCCAUGUGGAACAGACUGGCAAAAAUGAAAUUGGUAGCCCUCAUGGACGCCUUCAACACAACAUUCGCGAAGUCUGCCUUUCGACACUUGAAAUGGCUGGACCGUUGAUGCGUUCACCAGUGGUGAACGUGGACCUUCGCUUACAUCGAGUUGCUUGUGAAUCACUCAGUCGUCUGCCGCAAUCCAUCGCCGACGUAGAUGUCAGUCAACUACCGACCUUGACCAGAUUGCCGUCGUCAAAUUCAGCCCUCGCUUCUUUCAUCACGCUACUCCGGUCGGCAGUAGCUGCUGCUGUGACGGACGGAGUGCGUAAAAUACCGGAAUGGCGGAUUAUGGAACCAAUGAUGUCUGUGGAACUGCGAGUCCCCACUCAUUCAGAUAAUCAGAGUGAUUCCCUGUCCCGAUUCCUUGGUGAUCUGUCUGCCCGACGAGCGGAAAUUCUGGCGGUGGAUUCAGCUGACUCAGCAGAUCCGUCAACCAGUACAUCGGAGGCAUGUCAUGUGAUCCAAGCAUUGGCACCACUAUCAGAAUUGGUUGGUUAUUCGGCGACCGCACGGAGUAUUUCUUCUGGGCGAGCAGAGGUUCAUAUGAAGCUAGCAGAAUAUCGCCCCGUGAGCCAAGAGUAUCAAGCACAGUUGCUCAAUCGACUUCAAUGGAGAGCUCCAGUAGAUUGAUCGUUGUCGCAGUCUUCUUAGCCAAAUUUAUCCUGCAGGUAAAGUGUAUGCCGUGACUCCUUUGUAUCUCCGCAGCCGUGUCUUUGAAGCCUAC